AACUACAAAUAAACCAAUGAAAAGGAGUGCCGUUCUUUACCUCGAAAACUGUCACUAGAAGUUCAACUAAACUGAGUUAUAUUUUAGACUAAUCUGUAUCAUCCAAUCACAUAGCGCAUACAUAUCACGUGACACGAAGAGCACUCUACCUGUACAAGCUUUGUUCAUCCAGAAUCAUGUCUGACGAAUACGCAAACGGUACUGAAAAUAACGAUGCAAAUUACCAACAAGAAUAUCAAGAAGGUUUAACAGAAGGUGAUUGUCCACCUCAGAGUACAGACCCCGACGAUGGAAACCGAAUAAAUGCAUCUAAACAUGACGAUGAUGAUAGUCACAGAACAGACUUUUUCUCGAGCAGCCAGUUCUUCUCUCAAAAUGAACAAAAACUGUUUGUUGGAGGCCUUAGCUGGGAAACUGAAACACAACAUAUUAAGGAAUACUUCAGUAAAUUUGGGGAGGUGAUGGACUGUGUUGUGAAAACAGACCCAGAAACCACAAAAUCACGAGGCUUCGGCUUUGUUUUAUUCAAAGAACAGAAUGCAAUAGAUAAGGUGUUAGCUGUGUCAACACAUUCGUUACAUGGCAGAAAUAUAGACCCAAAGAGAGCCAAGGCUAGAACUGCUAGGGACCCAGUGAAAAAAGUUUUCGUAGGAGGUUUAGAUCCUGAUUUGCCAGUAGAAGCUAUUAGAGAACAUUUUAGUGUACAUGGAAAAAUAGAAGAAAUAGAUCUCCCCUUUGAUAAAGCAAAGAAUCAGCGAAGGCAGUUCUGCUUCAUCACAUUCGAAUCUGAAAAAGUCGUAGAUGCUGUAUGUGAAGAAGCUAAACAAAUAAUUGGUGGAAAAGAGCUAGCAGCGCUGACAUGUCGUAUGAUUGACACUUGAAAAGGAUCACCAUACAGCCAAUUUGGUUUAGAGGUUGACGUAAAAAAAGCGACACCAAAACAGGAUCGUCACCCUGGUGGUUACGAUGAGAGUAACGGAGGCGGUUGGGCCGGACCACGGUGGGGAAAUGGACCUGGGGACAGAGGUAGAGGUAGGGGCAGAGGCAGGGGUGGGUACAACAACCAAGGGGGUUGGGGUAACCAGGG